UUACGUGAGGCAAAAGAAAGACUCUUACUAUGCUGAUGGACAAAGGAAAAAGGACUGGCAUAACAAAGAAGCCAUAAGGAGGGACUCUGAGCGUGUAGGAAAUGGAGAACAGGGAAAACCUUACCCAAUGACUGACGCAGAACGAGUGGACCAGGCAUACAGGGAAAAUGGCUUUAAUAUCUUUGUGAGUGAUAAAAUUUCUCUGAAUCGCUCUCUUCCAGACAUCAGGCAUCCAAACUGCAAGAACAAGCUGUACCUGGAGAAGCUCCCAAACACAAGUGUGAUAAUCCCAUUCCACAACGAAGGAUGGUCCUCCCUGCUCCGGACAGUGCACAGCGUCCUGAACCGCUCCCCUCCCGAGCUGGUGGCAGAGAUCGUGCUGGUGGAUGACUUCAGUGACAGAGAACACCUGAAGAAACGCCUGGAGGAUUACAUGGCGCAGUUCCCGAACGUGCGGAUCCUGCGGACCAAGAAGAGGGAAGGGCUGAUCAGGACUCGCAUGCUGGGAGCCUCGGUGGCCAUCGGGGACGUCAUCACCUUCCUGGAUUCCCACUGCGAGGCCAAUGUCAACUGGCUGCCACCUCUCUUAGAUCGCAUUGCCCGAAACCGCAAGACUAUCGUUUGCCCAAUGAUUGAUGUUAUUGAUCACGACCACUUUGGAUAUGAGACUCAGGCUGGAGACGCAAUGCGAGGGGCCUUUGACUGGGAGAUGUAUUACAAGAGGAUCCCUAUUCCUCCUGAGUUGCAGAAACCUGAUCCCAGUGAUCCCUUUGAGUCUCCUGUAAUGGCUGGAGGACUGUUUGCAGUCGAUAGAAAGUGGUUCUGGGAGCUGGGAGGGUAUGAUGCAGGUCUGGAGAUAUGGGGAGGAGAGCAGUAUGAAAUAUCCUUUAAGGUAUGGAUGUGUGGGGGUCGCAUGGAGGACAUCCCCUGCUCUAGAGUUGGUCAUAUCUACAGGAAAUAUGUUCCAUACAAGGUUCCCACAGGAGUCAGCCUGGCAAGAAACCUGAAGCGAGUGGCUGAGGUGUGGAUGGAUGAAUAUGCGGAAUUCAUUUACCAGCGCAGACCUGAGUACCGGCACCUCUCCGCGGGCGACGUCGCCGCUCAGAAGGAGCUCCGCAACAACCUCAACUGCAAAAGCUUCAAGUGGUUCAUGAACGAGGUCGCCUGGGACUUGCCAAAGUUCUACCCACCAGUGGAGCCUCCAGCAGCUGCCUGGGGAGAGAUACGCAAUGUGGGAACUGGACUGUGUGUGGAUACUAAACAUGGAGCCCUGGGAUCCCCACUGAGGCUGGAAAACUGUGUGAAGGACAGAGGAGAGGCAGCAUGGAACAAUGUGCAGGUAUUCACCUUCAGCUGGAGAGAGGACAUCCGUCCAGGGGAUCCUCAGCAUACCAAGAAGUUUUGUUUUGAUGCCAUUUCCCACAGCAGCCCUGUGACCCUCUAUGACUGUCAUGGAAUGAAGGGGAACCAGCUCUGGAGAUACCGAAAAGACAAGACCCUCUACCACCCAGUAAGCAGCAGCUGUAUGGACUGCAGUGAGAGUGAUCGAAAGAUCUUUAUGAAUAGCUGCAAUCCUUCAUCUCCAACACAGCAGUGGAUAUUUGAACAUACAAACUCAACCAUCUUGGAAAAAUUUAACAGAAAUCUUGAUCUUUAAAAGACUCAGAGAAAAUAUAUAUAUAUAUUUUACAAUUAUAGUUUUUACUGGGGAGGGUUACAAAAAAAUUUUUUUAAUACUUUUUUUUAAACACUUAAUGAAAGUAAAAGGGAGAAUCUCAGGAGAAGGUUAACUAGCAGGCCAGUCUUUAUUGUGAAGAUGCUGCAUCCUUCUCUUCUGGGGAUGGUAGAAUUUUAAAGGCUUUGCCAGAGCCACUUCUGUGCUAAGACUGAACAGAAACUCUGUUUUUAGAGGAGUCUGAAUGUGUUUCAAAUGGCUUGUUUUGGUGGGGUUUUUUUUUGCUUUGUUUUGUUUUUUGGGUUUUUUUUUUUUUGCCUUUUUUGUUUUAUUUCCCACUGGGGUCUGGUGUUAAAUGAUUUUGUUAUCCAGGACCCUGCAGGACUUUUUGUAGCUGCUAUACCACGCACUGAAGCAUUCCCACAUAGGUGCUUUAUCUUCCAAACUCCAUUUAAGUAAAAUAUUGAAGACAAGAUUUAAGCCUCCAAUCAAAAACAAAAAAACAAAAAACAAAACACCAAAAACCCAUUUUUGUAAUAUGAAAUGAAUAUUUUUUUGCCCUGAACCAAAUACAUUUCAAAUAGGUUGAGUAUUAUUACUUUCCAAAUCAUAGCUCUGAUGAAGGAAUGAGCUCUAGUGGAAGUGCAGCCAAGUGUUGGGAAUAUAACUGUUGUUAUUAGCCAUGAGGAAUCUGGGUUUCUGGUCCAUUCACUUUGCAGUCAGUUUGUCACUCACUGUUGAAUAUUCAAGGUGAAAGAUUAGCAGAGGAUUUUUAAAUAAUUGCAGUUCUUAUAGGUGAAGACUUUAUUCUAAAAGCCUUUGGAUAUCAGGUUCCAAAUUUGCUUCUUAUAACCUUUUUAGCACAGACAUCUCCAGGAUUUCUCAGAGUUAAAUCUACUGUGUGAAGACAAUUUCCAUUCUUCCUUUAGAGGUUUGAAGGCUAAGUUAAUUUACAGUUGGUGUGAGCAGAUUAAUUCAGGAUAAUUAAAUCAGGACUGAGAUUAGCCAUUGGUCUUUAUCCAUUUGUUCAUCAGUCUUUAGUUUCUCGAGUCCUGUGGUCAGUGGUUGUUCUAGCCUUGUGGAAACGUGCUGUUAAUCUCUUCUCAUUUCCCAGCACCCACAGCACUGUUCAGUUUACUGUGACUGGAAAUCUGUUUGCUUUAGCAGAGAUGUGGGACUGAUGGACCCAUUUUCCUGGUAUCCUAUCCCUUGUGCAGUGAGUGAGCAGUGCAAGGUGUUACCCCUUCAGGUUUGGCUGUGGGAUCUGCCACACAAUGAACCAGGAUUGUCUAAUCCCAGGAGCUGGAAUGUACUGACAUUAAAGAAUGAAUAGAGGACCAUUGGUUCAAGUUUAUCUGAAGCAAGUAUUUAAAAAAAAAUCUGGUUUAAAAUGAAGUUGUUGCAAAAGUACAUUUACUAGCUCUCCUGGCUUAAUCUUGUACUGAAGGGAGCAGUGGCAUUUUCUGGUAAAAGCUGUGAAAGGUGAAGCAGUGAACAGAUGCUGUGUAAAUUAGUAAACAGGAUUCCUUUGUCAGGAAUUGCCCAGCUCCUUGGAUUGCCUAGCUGCCCACAGGUGUUGCAAGAGUAGGUAGCAUGCAGCCAGCUCUGGGGUGAUGGGACCCCUGUGGGAUGCUUGAUGAGCAUGGUUAGUACAUUGCCCUCCUCAGAGAGGCAGGGAAGCUCUGCUCUGGGAUGUCUUUCAUGUGAAGGCAAGGAGGUGCUUCCCUCCCAAAACGAGCAGGAUGGCUCCCUCUGCAGAGCUCCAGAAGCAAGAAGCCCUUUUGUUGCCAAUUGUAGGGUUGUGUCCCAUGUUUCAGAUGUGUUUGAGGCCAUGUAGUGCUGUGCCUGGCAGCUGGGAGCAAACAAGGACACAGCUGUCUGCCCCCCAAACUCCCCAGUCUGAUGGAUUGAGGAGGAGGCUCAGAAUUGUUUCCACCUCUCUCAUCAUCACAGCUGAGGCCAUGUCUGACCUUUUCUGCCAACUCAGCUGGUCCAUGCAGUCAUGGAGAACAGGAAACAUGGGCACUGCAUUGCAGCUGGGACCAGGCUUCCCAAAUGUUCAUGUCUAAGAUUUUGGAGGUGAAGAAAGGAAAAAUAGCCCUAGACUUCCCUUGUGACAGUUCUGCAGCAGUAUUGGAUGGAAGUGACACUAGUUUCAAGCAGAGUUGACAUCUUAUGUUCUCAGUUACUGCAAUAUGUCUGUCAUGAGGAUCCCUUUGUGUUUCUGUGGGAGACAGAGUCACCUUCCAGUGCUUUGUGUCUGACUGCUGCUUUUCUUAAGUUAUUAAUGCUCUCAUUAGCCGAGUAGUGCUGACUGUGGAGCCACUAGAUGGCCUGACUAGAUGUCUUUAUGAAUGUUUUCAUGCCUGUGGAAAAAGAAGCUGUUUGUCCAUGAAGAGUGAUAGUUUUUUAUAACUGGGACAUAAUCAGCAUAUUCUAUAAAUGGACUGUAGGUUGUUCUGCUUGCAGGUUGCAGCUUUGUGUGUCUUAGUUUUCUAAUGAGAGGAUUAGCUUCUGUUUCUAAACUGCAUGGCUUGCUUUGUUCUUGGGCUCACCUUGUGAAGGGAGCCCUCGCUUGGCUGACUGGAUUCUUGCUUCAGAGAGACCUGCAGCAAUGAACAGGUCUUUUACCACUUGGUGAUCUUAAUUUGGAGAGAAAUGUCAGCUCUUAGCAGCUUGCACCAACAGAUUAGGCAAUAGUUGAGGCAAUUCCUGUUUGACAAGCCACUACCAGUACACAGAACCUGGAGAUUUAGUGUCAGUGGUUGUACCAGGUCUAUCUCAGCGUGGUUGAUCUCUUUUCUGAAGGUUUGGGAUCUGAGUGUGGUAAGAGCCUCACCAAUUCUGUACACUUCUGACUAGCUCACUGGGCUUUGAGCUAUUAAUUAUUUGCAUCAGUUAUACUUUGCAGUACCCUAGAAGCUUUGUUGACCAAUGCAUAGACUUCAUAUAGCCAACCAUCCACUGAUUGAGAAAUGUAAGCUGUAUUUGAUCAUCUGCAUCUUUAACUGAGCCUUUGCUCAGUUAAAGAUGCAAUCUAGUUAAUUAUUCCAAUUACUUUUGGUUAUUUGUAAGCAAAAUCACUAAAGCAUGAAUACAUAAUCAAAUCUUCACAUCUGCAUGCAAGUCAAGACUGGAGAUUAAAUACUGGUGAUUAUCUAAUGCCAAAUACAUGUUUUCAUAUUUUUUCCCCCCAAAGUAUUGAAACACCCCUCUCUUUGUGGCUGCAUAAGUUUUGCUGCUUUUAAGUAUCAGAAUCCCAGACAACAGGGUGUAUGUUGUGUUGCAUAAAAAUACUUUGAUUUGCUCUUGAAGCUGUUGAUCUAUACUGGUGCUAAUCUCUAAGGCCUACAGACAGUAAAUAGGUUUGGGGCUCUCAUGUGUGCAAGGUGUCUUUUCUUAUACCUAGGAAAUUAAUUUUCUUUUUCAAACCACAAUAGAAGAACGUGUGAGCCUUCCUGAAAGGGGAAUACAGCAUCAUUAAAAUAAAGAUGUGCCUUUUUAAAUGUAAAUGUACAGCAAAUGCUUAAACUUGAACCAUUUCCUAGUGCCUUGCUGGACAAGAGAGAGGGGUUGGGGUUGGGGGAUAAGGAUAUAAGAGAAAGCUUGACUCCUGCAGUGUUUGUGUGUGGGGUUUUUUUUUUUAAAUGUCUGAUUUUCAGUGCAAAAUUUGUGUGAACGACAGUAAUUCAGAAGCUCUUGGGUUCCCCCUGUUAAAUCGAUAUUGUUAAUGACUCUGGGGAGGUUUGUCACUCCUAAUAGGAAGACUUGGAAAGGUUGGCAGCUUCCUCUGGGUGUGCUGUAACAGCUGCAGCUGCACUGGAAGAUGCCUUGGUUAGCUGCUGGAUGUUCCAUCUCAUGGUGAAGGCUCAUGAUUUCACUGGCAUGUGGGAUCCUGCAUUUUUAUUUUCUAAGUAUGCAAAUCAAAAAUAGUCCCAAAAGCAUAUGAAAUCUGUAGCAGAAGUGUCUUUCAGAAGAAUUCGAUGCCUUCCAUCACUGGGAAACUUUUUCACACAGGAAAUACAGAGUGUAUUAAAACUCUAAUACAGAAAUAGCAAGAAAGCGAUUUCUCAGACUAACUUUCCUCGUUGUUGGUUUUACAGCAGUCUGGGCACAGGGCUUUGCUUUCCUUUACUACUGAAGUGUUCCAGUCAACAAACCUUCCUUUUCCCUGCUGCACUGAUAUCAGUGACCUGAGAGUCAAACAGGCACCAGCAGCAUUGCAGGAGACAGUGCUCUGGGGCUGCUGCAGGGCUGUGACAGCAGCUCUGCUGGCUCACAUCACCCAGGGGAGACAUCUCCUAAAAGUCAGACUGGGCAAUCACAGAACUGCCAGGUGAAAAGGGAGAAGAUUUUAUUCUAAAUUGUCUUUCAGGAUACAGACAGAGACUUGAAUUGAUUGUGGAGAACUGCCAGCCUCUGGCAGUCAGCCUGUCACGCUUGCAGUCAAAAGAGCCCUGGUAAAGCCAUGUGUGAAACAGCCCAAGUGGUGCAUGUGUACCUUGCAUUCCACCUGCACAGCUGCUGGGGUUCUUGCAUUCACUGGGUGGUUUCACAAGAUACACAGCAAAGGGGGGAACUGCCUUGGGAGUCAGGAGCACUGAGUCCUGCUCCUCGGCUGCCAUGGCCUGUGAGUUGAUCUUAAGCAAGGAAAGUCUGUGUGCUGCAAUUUCCCAGCUUGUGUAGGAUUCACCUUUAAGUGCUUUAUUUUCUGACCUAAUGAGUGCUGAGUCCAGAUUUUAAACCAAGCUGCAGAUCCUCACCUGAUUCAAGUGGAGAGAGAUGGAGUGGGUGGAGAAUGGGAAAUGAGAUCUGAAAUUGCCAUCAGCAUUCAACACAGACUUGUCAAUUCAUUUCAUAUUCCUCAUUAAUAAGUCAGAUUGAUUUAUUCACAUUAUAAAUUUGAAGUUUAACCAAAACAAGCUCACCUCCUGCUCUGAUUUCUACUUUGUAGUGUCAUGCUUUAGCUUGGAGAGUCUUUAUGGAAAUAGGCAAUGACAGAUCAUGGAAACUGUAAUAAAAAGCCUGUGUCUGUUUUUGACUCUGCUAGUACACUCCUUAGUUGACUGCAUUUGAGCUUUCUUGAUGCUUCUGUGUGACCCAAAAAGCUUCAAUGAUUCCAGCAGUUGUGAGUGAUUUGGGAGUUUUAUAUAAAGCCACUGGAUCUAUGUGGUUUUAAAUAUACUAGUUCAACUCAAGGAGAAAAAUCUUAAUCCCAGGUAGUGAGCAAACAAAUGUGAACUUCAACCACAAAAUAAGAUAAAAACUGCUCAAGCUAACAGCCUGAAACCUUAGCCCUUAUGGUAACAGCAACAAAUAGCUUUAGCCUCUAGGGUGGAGAAGGGAAUUGGUAUUGAAAUGCAUUCUCUAGGAUCUCGGUGAUUAGGUCUAAGUUUGUCUGUACCUUGUACUGCAUGCAUUUUCUCUGUAAAACUGGAUGGUGCCUCUUGAAUCAGUGUGUAUUUAUUUUGUGCGUAUUAGGACCAACAGCCUAAUAUCUGGGGGUGGUAAAGGACUUGUAGCACUUUAAUGUAGUAGCUUUCAUAAAUUGGGAAUCAUUGAUAGAAUGCCUAGUGUUUUUAAAGUUGAAUGGACUUCCUUUUAUAAUAUAUUUAAAAUAAAUUUUUAAUGUGUUUUCUGAAAACUGUGUGUGCAGACAUGACUGUCCCCGCCUGCUUUGCUCCAGUGAUUGAUUUCUCUUCUCCUUGUGAGAAUAAGCUCAGCUGUCCUGGUAUGGUGUUUCCCCAGGACAGGUUUCCUGUCACUCCAUGUCCAGUGGUGCAGUCCUGAAGGAACCACAGCUGUAGUGGAUGAUUUGUACCCAGGUAGGACACCCCUGAGGGAUGGCAGGCACGGACUGUCCUUGGUAGAACACACUGGGAAGCACAGAAAUAGAGAAAAGACGGCUGUGACUCUUCUUUGUCUGUUUGCCUUGGGAGCGACUGCUGGGAGAUCCAUCCCACCCCUUGGUUUGCAUGGGAGGGCUUUAACAGCUCACGGCCUUGUUUGUGUUCUGAUCUCCUGCUGGGGAGCACAGGUUCAGCCCAAGCCAACACAAGUGUAUCAGCAUUGCUCAUGUUCCCACUAGGACCCUCUACUUCCUGCUGUCACCACUUCAUCUCUUCAGUGGCCUUCUCAAUACUCCUUUUUACUUUGCUCCAUUGGGUGAAAAAGAGUGGGGGAAAAAUGGAUGGGACAGAGACAAUGAAAUGUGUGAAAAUCUGUGUGUGGGAAAAGGAGUGUUUCUGGGGGGACCAGCAAGGCAUGAUCCCCAGGGAAAACUGUGCUGUGAUUCUUGGCCACUGGAACGUUGCCCAGGGUAAGUAUGUGCCAAAAGCUGUGACAGUUUAAGCGUUUUAGCAGGUUCAAUAUGUGCCACCCUAGAAAAGUGCUGAGGAGAGUGGGAGUCUGGAGGAAGGUGCCAGAGCAGUGUUUUCAUUGGCCUCUCCAAGGUACUGCAAAAGGAAAUGGUCUGAUUUCUGCUGAUGAAAAGUUUAAAAAAACCUUCUUCCCAGGACAUCUCAAACCGCUGAGAGAGAAGUAUUUCUGUCCUGAGCCCCCUGAAUGGCUCCAUUAAAAUAGUAAGUUCCAGAUGACAGCUACACCACUGACUUGUCUUUAGAGGGUAGUGCUGCUCCAGGUGAGAUUUACAGGCCUGCACAGGCUCCCCUAAUUUGAUUAGAGGCUGACUUGGAUGGCCAGGCUAUUACUGCUUCAGAGGCACUAAAACUGCCUGUGUACUGAUGGGUUUAUGAAACAUUGUUUCUCACUUCAUUGCAGCUCCCACAAAGAAUUAUUGGAUCAGGUUAGUGAUAGAUACCUAAUAAAGAAUGUCUCCAUGAGGCAGUUUAUUUUGCAGCAAGCUUGUUCCAGACUAGCAGACUGUGAAAUCUGGAGGUUCCCAUGAGGAUAAAUAUGCUGAAAUAAACUCCAAUUAUAAAAACACCUCCAUGCAUUUUUUUAUUUUUUUUUUAUUUUGAAAGACUGAAAAAAGGUGUCAUCCUGUUAGCCUGAGCAGGAGGUAAUUAGCAUUGAGUUAGCAAACAGACAGUGACAAAACCUGGGUUUUUCCUUCUAGUGAGCAUUGCAAAAGGCCUUAAAACCUUUUUAUCUGCAGGGAUGAGAGGUUGCAGUGCAAGAUGAAAUACAAUCUGAUGGUCAGUACCAACCUGUUCUGACACUUAAGGUGCCUCUUUCUUCCCAAAAUAUAGUCAGGGAGCACCUGCACAAUCUCCUCCUCAAGGGGACAGGAAGAAGUUCUGCUUGUUAGGGCUAUGUUCCCUUUUAUCUCCUUGCUUGCUGUUAUUUCAUCUGUCCCUACAGUCUGUGGUUUUGGCUUCCUGAGUGUCAAGAUAAUCCUUCUGCAAGAUUUCCUCAGCCAGCCAUUUGAUUUUUAUUGCUAAUGUUAAGAUAAAGCCAGAAAGCUUGUUAUCAGCAGCUCUGAGAUCUCUGUCGGCCUCUUGGUGUUUUCCCUUUUCCCAAAACAAGGGAAUAUCCGUAUGGCUUUGCCAGGAGGGUAUUACUUCAGGCAGGCAGAUUCCAAUCAGUUUGGCCUGGGGCUUUUAUAAGCCGUAGUGUUUUACUCUGUUUAAAACCUCUUUGCUCUUUGCUAACUGCUUGUUUGGUCUGUGGGUAAAGUCAUUAGUUUCCACCAGCCUCCCGUGAGAACGGCCGGCUCCAGGGAGCGUGUACCCAGGAGGGUGCACUGUGGUUCUCUGCUGGGCACAUGCACAAACACAAAUUACUAAUUGCCCCAGGGCACCCGCAGAAAAAGCCAAGAGAAGAGGCGGAGCUGAUGAUGAGUAUUAAGUCUCUGCCCUCUAGAUUUAUUCUGAGGCUCAUUUGGUAUUGUAAGGAGUGCUUGGAAAAUAUAGAUUUUGAGUUUUCUCUGUUGUCCUGUGCAGAGCAUGCAGAACUGGUUGCUGUGUGGAGCAGCCUGAGCUGAUGACCUUUAAGGGCUUCAAGGAGUGUCUUUCUUAGGAAGGUAUUUCGUGUGAUUCAGCACAGUUCACCCAGUGCUUGCGCACAUUGUUCCACAUGCAGGAUUUCAGGCUUUGAAGUCAUUUUAGUCUAUAGAACCUUUCUUCUUUCUGAGCAGGAACUCCUUUCUUCAGGAAGAUGAAAUCCUUUUCCUUUUAUAGCUGCUCAGGAACCUCUGACAACAGCACUUGCUGUCUGGUAUUACAGAAGUCACACCAUUUCCAGAAGUUACAUCUUUUCUUCACAGAUCAGAAGGAAUUUCAUUAUUUGCUGCCCGCCACCCCCCCUUGCCGCCUCCUUUUUUUCUCCCCUUUUAUAUUUUUGGGGGAGAUUUUGGGGUUGAAGUGGGGUUUUUUUUUGCUAUUUCAGGGUUCUUUUUUACUUUUUUUUUCCCUGAAGAUACAAUUUGCGAAGCUUAAAGUUACAUUGCUUUGAGGAAACACUUCUCCAGGUCCCAUCUUUUCACUAUCCCUGUUUGGUAAUUGGGGGAAGAAAUCUAAAUCCUCUAUUUUUUAUAACAUUAAAAAAAAUAAAAAAAA